GAAAUAUAAGAUCUCUUAGUAGGUCACAUGAUCAGAAACAUGGCGGAUGAAACACUAACAUCUCGUCUCACAAAGCCACAAAAUCGUCGAUUUGAGCGAUUUGAUGAAGAAAAUGAGAAGCAAUGGCAAGGGCCAUACUGUUUCAUACAAGGGGCAGAUACCCAAUUUGGGAUGAUUGACAGCUACCUUGACCACAAGACAGAACCAGGUUGGGAGGAAGAAAUAAGACUGUUAAAGAUAGCUAUAGGAAAUAUCAACAAGAUGAAACCCAGGCCUCGAUUCUUUGUGGUAUGUGGGGAUUUAGUGCAUGAAUUCCCAGGUUCACCUUACAGGGCUGCUCAGGAAAAAGAUUUGAAGCAGGUUUUCAAUGAAAUUCACCCCGAUAUUCCUCUCGUAUGUGUAUGCGGAAACCAUGAUGUUGGAGACUCACCUACACCAGAAUCCAUCCAAAUAUACAAGAAUAGUUUUGGCGAUGAUUAUUUUGCAUUCACUGUGGGUGGAGUAAGAUAUAUAGCCCUCAAUUCGCAGUUCUACCAAGAUAGCAGCCAGGUUCCUGAUCUGAAGCAGGAGCAAGAUGAUUGGUUGGACAAAGAGUUGGCCUUAUAUUCUUCAGCUCGAAAUUCUGACAAACAAUACCAGCAUCUUGUCAUCUUCCAACAUAUACCUUGGUUCCUCAAGACUCCCGAGGAAGAAAAUGAAUACUUUAACAUUGAUAUUACAGUGAGACAAAAAAUGUUGGAAAAAUUCCACAAUGCAGGUGUAAAAACAAUAUUUUGUGGACACUACCAUAGAAAUGCUGGUGGUACCUACAAAAACAUGGAACUUGUUGUUACCUCCGCAGUUGGUGCACAGUUGGGUGAUGAUAGAUCUGGGCUACGGGUGGUGAAAGUUCUAGAACAUUCCAUCGAACAUGAUUAUGUUGCUGUAGAAGAUAUACCAGCAGAUGUUGUAUUAUAAGUUUAAAACCAAUUUUGCUUUGUGUGUACCUUCAAGGGCUUUCAAGAGAGUUUUUCAUAUAUGACAAAUAAAUAGUGAUUCUUAUUAGAUUAAAUGUUAUCCAUGGCUUUUAGAGUAAAAUGGAGUGAUUGUACUUUGUUUAUCAGGAAACGGCCUUAUUUGGGUAUCAUGAAUAUAUUUAAUUAUCAUUCAUUGUCAUAUUCCCCACUCAUUGAUUUUUCUGUGUCCUAUAUUUGACUCCCGGGAGGUGAUUAGGAAAUAUACCAAUAUACCCAUACCCAUAUAUAGUUCAAUACACCCGAGCCAUUCGAUUAGUCAACGUGUUCUAGAAUGUCUCUGUGAAGUACAUUAAAAUCCUAAAUGUCACCAUCACAUACGUCAAUCACCUGGAUGCUUUGUUCAUUCUGGGCUUCUGCCAUUGUUUCUGCAAUGGGGGCGUCGCCUUUGUCUGGACCUUAGUUUUUGUACCUGUAAAAAACGAAGAAAAUAUGACCAUAAGUCAGUAAAUACUACAAUAUGUGCUGAUAUGGUCAUCUCUCUAGUUCGAGUACUUCUCAAUGUGAAAACCUUUUCUAAAAUGUGUCGGAAGUUCGGUCAGUACUUCCUAGAUAGCUGUAGAUUGUGAAUCCUAGUGAUUAUGGUCUUAAUGGGACUGUCACUCUCUUUUUAAAGCUAGAACUGAUUGUCCAUACACUUUUAACCGGACCUAGGGUCUAUGGUCUUGAUGUUGGAGAGACCAAACGUUAUGGAGAGACCCUAAUUUCUACAGACGAGACUCAUAUUAUUAACGUUAACAAGUCCGUGGUAAUACCAAUUCCAGAUUUUAAACCGAGACGCAUACUCAGGAGAAACUAGGAGAUCGUAAAAAUGUUCACAUCGGUCCCAAUGUAAGACAAUUACAAGUUUUACUUACAUCUCCUGCAUGUCAUUCUAUAUUUUCUUCAUCCGCAGAUGUCAUUUGGCAAUUGUAUGCCAGUGGACGAUCUGAUAGAUCUAUCUAGUUUAGGCUAUUUUUGAUUUUCACUAAAAGCUCUAUUUUGGAAAAAAUACAAAUACAAUAAUUGAUUAAUGUAUAAUGAUGAUUUGCAAAACAAAAGAUGUCGAGCAUCUUGAUCUUUAUAAGGGUUUAGUUAUCUGGAUUUCAUACUGUCCCUGUUCAAGAUAAAGUAAGGUUUUAUGCAUGUGGACAUGAACAGAUAAUGUAAAAAAUGAUUUUAUGUUUCCACUUGCCCCUUAGAUUACGCUGUGACAUUUGAAAAUAUUGAUGUAUACAAUAAAAUGCAAAAUCAAUUCUAUUUUAUAUUGCCAAUAUCCUGAUAAUGCAAUUUGACGUAUUUUCAAUGUGUCAUUAAGUGCAAUUUGUGUAUUUACAGUAAGGAGAUCCACUUGAGACCACGUAAUGGAAAUAACUGAGUAAAUAUUGAAAUAGGUGAAUAUAUCGAUUACCAAUGACAAUAAUUGAUCCAUUAGUAUUCAGUAUGUCGAAUAGAUCUUUGAGUUUUGUUCCUCUACUCCUAUUCCAUUAACUCGAAAUUAUGCGACGUCUAGUGCGCACACUUUCAUGAUAGAUGGCAGCAUUCAAGAGAAAUUGGGCAAUCUAGAAUAUAGCGGGGUAAAGACGAC